AUGACAGACGAUUCUGGGCUCGAUCAGCGUCGAUGGUGGGCAGGCUACUACUUCCUCAACCCCAUGGCUGUUGCAGUAUGUCCACCUAAGAACUCCGAUGGCAGCGCCUGGCAUCUACCUGUCAAGGAGAUGCUACCUCGCCAUGACCAGGGCCGCGUGCACAUUCCCCUAGCGAUCGGUGCUCUAGGCGAUCCCGAGCCGAUUGAGCCGAUUCUCGAUCUGAAUUUGGGUACCCACCAGUUCAUCAGUCCCCGUGGGCGUACACAAUUCCCCUACUCUGGCAAUAACAUCGUCUCGUUUCUCAACCUGACUGUCAACAAGCGCAAAGACCUCGCAUGCCCUUCCUGUUACCUGGAACGCCAGAAUCAAGGUGUGGCGCCUUGUUCCUGCACCCUACGGAAGCGCUUCCUAGACCGAUGGUUGUGUAUGCACUGCUAUAUCGAGGAGGUAAAUGUUGAUGAACAGCUCCGCCGUCAUGUCGUGAAGGCAAACGAGGUCGGACAAGGCCACAUACACGUGUGUGGCUGCGGAACGGAAUUCACACCAGAUAUCAUGCCAAAAGUCAUGUGCAACUGGUGCAAAGGCGAGAUCACAGAGCUCGAGCAGGGCACUGAGGAUGAUGCCACCAGUGAGAAUGCCGAAGACAACAGCGAAGAAGAAGAGGAACUCGAGAACGGAGAUGACGAGGAGGACCAUUCGGCGGCUGACUUUGCGGGUCUGCCUCUGGACGAGUUUGGCUACGCUGAGAACCGCGACGGGUCUCUUUCGGUGUACGUGAACGGCGAGUGCAUCCGCGGAGAACGUUUGGGACGAGCUAUGAUCCGCCAGUGGAAGAGAAUCCAGGGUGAGCACGUUGAAUGUACUUGCUGUAUCUGCGACGAGAAGGACUCUAUGCAUGCUCACGCGGGGGAUGAUUCAGGGGACGAGGACGAAGACGAAGACGAGGGCGAAGAUGGCGAGGAUGACGAUGACGAUGAUCUACCAGAUCUGGAAGACGUCGAGUCAGCUGCUGGCUUCGAAGAUCCAUGGGGACUGGACUAA